GUUUAUUUUCAGACUUUGUUUUGGUUAUUCACAACAAUGUCUGAAACUUCAACCGAUGAAGAAAACUCGAAAAAAGAGCCAUAUAACCCUCAAUUAGACUUUUCUAGUGAUCAAUUUAAUCCUCUUUUGGCACUAAAUACUCCAAAUUUAAGUAUUCCGUGUACAAGUGCUAAAAGGUACGAUAAUUUGUCUGCAUAUGAAUCGGCAAUAAAUAAAGCGAAUAAUCCUGAACAAUACGCGAAAAAGAGUGAAAAAAUCAAACAAGACACUGAAACAAUCGUAAGAAGAUGGAAGGAACAUCAAUUGCCUGUUCCUACAACCAAAAGCAUCAGAUAUUCUAGGAACAUUUUAAGUAAAAUGGAGAAAACUGAAGGACCGCUGAAACUACUCAAAAAAUGUGUAGAUGAAAAAUUACAAAUCAAGGUUUAUACGAGAAACGAUAGGGAAGUCCGAGGUUACUGCCUUGCACAUAUUGUCGCCUUUGACAAACAUUUUAAUAUGGCCCUAGAAGGAGUAACGGAAGUGUGGACAAGGAGGAAAAAACAGAAAAAACCAGCGUUUGCUAGCAUUGAACCGGUCAGAAAAAGUAAAUUCCAAAGAACCUUUAAGUUUCCUAAAAUAGGCGUAUUUCCUGACGAAAAUAACAAAAAGUUGGUAACGUGUGUGAGGCAUGUGGACCAGCUUGUGAUGAGAGGAGAACAUGUCGUACUGGUCAGUGUUGUUAAUGAAGAGAACACUGAUAAAACUGAGGCAGCAACAAAAUCGAAAGACGUUAAAGAAGCUUAAUCUCAAAUAAAAUAAAUCGUAGCAAUGUUGAUUUAUGUAUUUUCUAAGAUUGUUAAAAUAUAUUUUGUACAGUAAAGCUAUUGUUGGCUGGUUUAA